AUGUACCGCUGUUCGGCCGAACGGAACGCCACGCAGGCAGCCUGUGGACCACCAGAGGGCGCCAGAGCAGGGCUUCACCCAGCAGUUUGUCCACCAACAGCAGCUACUGGCAAGGAUGCGGAGGCGAUCUACCUGUGGCUGAGGGAGUUCCAGUUGGAGCAGUACACGGGGAACUUCAUCAACUCUGGCUACGACGUUCCCACCAUCAGCAGGAUGACUCCCGAGGUAGCGCUCACUCUGAUCCCCAGUGUCACGUUGUUGCACUCCCACCGGGGGGGAGUGCCAGCAGGCAGCUGUGGAGAGCAGGCCAGAGCUGGCUCCCAGGGGCCCACCAUCGAAGAGGUGGACUAAAGCAGACUGUUGGACUUAAUGGAAUAUGAUCAAUAUGACUGUUAUUGAUUAAAAGGGUAUUUCUUG